AUGGCCAACACGGCGCAUUUAUUUCGCAGACAAAGCUCCCGGGAUCUGAUCCAGCAGGCGACGGUUCGGAGCUUGGACGAACUUGAACUAAGGGAGCUACGAAGUCGACUGGUCCGAGCGGAGAAUGGAAAUCGAAAUGUGGUAUACGGGGCGACCAAUCAAGCCUUCGUUUCGGACAUCGAUCCACCGAUGGGACGCAUUCUGGACUUACCACCACCGAGCUCGGCACCGCCCACCGUGACCGGUCCGAUCGCAAAACUUUCCACGCAGACUUCAGUGAUCGACCAGAUUGUCGAGGAAAGUGUGGUUCCCGAACGGCCGGAUGAUGAGCGGGAAAGUUGGGACAGCAAAUGGACCUUUCUGCUGGCUACCAUCGGAUACGCAGUCGGUUUGGGUAACGUUUGGAGAUUCCCCUAUUUGGCGCAGAAAAAUGGCGGGGGAGCUUUCCUCGUUCCGUAUUUCGUAAUGUUGCUGCUGCAAGGUAUUCCCAUCUUUUACUUGGAGCUGGCGAUCGGGCAGCGGCUGAGAAAGGGAGCAAUCGGAGUUUGGCAUGAGGUGUCGGCCUAUCUCGGAGGUAUCGGUAUCUCGUCAGCCUUCGUCAGCUACAUUGUCGCGCUGUACUAUAACACGAUCAUUGCCUGGUGUUUGAUUUAUCUGCUGCAUAGUUUCGAGUCACCGCUUCCGUGGGCCGACUGCCCCAAGCGACUCUACAAGAACUUCACCUACGAUAUCGAGCCGGAGUGCGUAGUUUCGUCUCCCACUAAGUACUACUGGUAUCGGGAAACUUUGAAGGCAUCACCGAGUGUUAACGAACCUGAGGAGGUGAACUACAAUGUGGCAAUUGCACUGAUUACUGCUUGGUUUCUGGUGUACAUGUGUAUGGUUCAGGGAAUUACCGAAUCGAGCAAGAUCGUCUACGUAACGGCAAUCUUCCCUUACGUGGUGUUGAUCAUAUUCUUUUUCCGAGGAAUUACUCUUAAAGGAGCCUCGGAUGGAGUUUUGCAUCUUUUCACACCACGCUGGGAAUCGAUCCUGGAACCGGUGGUGUGGUUAGAAGCUGGAACGCAAAUCUUUUUCUCGCUGGGGCUCGCCUUCGGUGGACUAAUUGCGUUCAGCUCGUACAAUCCAGCCAACAAUAAUUGCUAUCGAGACGCACUGGUAGUAUCGUUCACCAACUGUAGUACUUCCAUGUUUGCUGGCGUAGUGGUGUUUUCGGUUAUCGGUUUCAAGGCAACGUCGAUAUUCGAUUCGUGCAUGGAAGAACGAACGGCCCUGCUGGCAGCGAACAAGACUCUCAAUUUGCCGGUUUGCAAUCUGCAGAAGGAACUCGAAAACAGUGCCUCUGGAACCGGCUUAGCGUUUAUCAUUUUCACCGAAGCGAUCAAUCAAUUUCCAGCAGCUCAAUUUUGGGCAGUUCUGUUCUUCCUGAUGUUGUUCACGCUUGGAAUUGAUUCACAAUUCGGUACCUUAGAGGGAGUAACUACAUCGCUGGUGGACAUGAAAUUGUUUCCUAAUCUGCCGAAGGAAGUGAUCACCGGAGGGCUGUGCUUCUCUUGCUGUAUUUUGUCGAUGUGCUUCGCUAAUGGAGCAGGCAGCUACAUUUUCCAACUAAUGGACAGUUUCGCCGGUAAUUACUCGCUGCUGAUUAUCGCUUUUUGCGAGUGCGUAGGCGUCAGCUAUAUCUACGGUCUAAAAAGAUUUGCUGAUGAUAUCGAACUGAUGACCGGUUCCCGACCGGGUCUCUAUUGGCUUCUCUGCUGGAAGUACUUCUCUCCGAUUGCCAUGUUAACUAUAUUGAUAGCUUCCUUUCUGGAGCUGGCGUCGGAAGGUAGCAGCUACCCGGGUUGGAACGAACUGACGGGAAAUACCGACCGUCUAGAGUGGCCCCACUGGUGCAUAGUUGUGGCUAUUUUACUAAUAAUGGUGUCAAUUUUGUGGAUCCCCGGUGUGGCCAUUUGUCGGUUGUGCGGUAUUAACAUAAUAGAAGACACAGAGCCAGCUUGGUUCCCGACGAAUGAGCUUCGGGACGUGCACGGUAUUGUACCUCAUGAGCCGACUGACAUUGAGGUAUCGCUGUUCUGUAUACGACCGGAUGGUUCCGAAGGAUUAUGCUGCCCUACUUAUGGGCCGCGAGAGCGACCUUUGGAUGAGGAGGAAGAAGAGUAA